AGCAAAAACAAAGCAAUUAGUAAUUUUUGUGUGAACACUGAAUUACAUAACACAAUCACAAACAGUGAAAUUAAAACCACAAAUAGACACACAAGAGGUUUAAUUAUCCAGAUAAAAAGUUGAAAUGUAACAUUAUAUUGUUUUGAAAGGCUUUUAAUUUGGAGCAGGAGCAGCUGACUUCCGGCUAGUUGCUAUGUAACGGUGGUAGCUUGACGCAGCUGGUUGACUUCUGGCUUCGUGGCUCAUUGAAUUGAUUAGCUAACAUUUAUUCUGUUUUUACAGCGUCAGACUGCUUAAAAAAUGUCUCAUGUUAUAGCCACACUUAUAGCUGCAAUACUGCUCAGUUCACACGCUUUCGGGAAGACUGUGAAGGGACUUUUCAACACCGAAGUGGCGAGACAGCAAAGCGGCCAGUUCAUCACUAAAUUCAUGUACCAAGGUGAUGACAGUUUGUUCGUCUGCCGGCUCGAUAACCCCGCUCUGGCUGCAGAGAAGGAGUCCAGAUUGCUGCUGUAUCAGGACAUGGACCCAGACCUGGACAACCUCAGCUGCUCUGACAGAUUCACUCGAGCCCGGUUCAUCAUUUCUCUCACUCAAGAAGAACACAACCAGACGAUCCCUCAUCAAUCCUCCCCUAAAGUCUGGCAGGCCCUGUAUGCUGACAGAUACACAUGUCAGGAAGGCGGAGUGAUUCCUUCUCAUGCUGAUCUCAGUUUUACUGUCCUGCUGUUCAACCCCGACUCAGCAGGAAACCCUCUGGAUCACUUCAGUGCAGAGGAGGCAGGUCUUCAUAGUUUCUACUUCCUCCUGCUGCUGGCCUACUUCAUCGCCUGCUGUAUCUACAUCCAGCCUCUGUACCAGGCUCUGAGGAAAGGAGGUCCCAUGCACACUGUCCUCAAAGUGUUGACCACAGCGCUGGCAUUACAGGGCUGCUCCGCUCUCUGCAACUACAUCCACUUGGCCAGGUACUCCAGAGAUGGUGUUGGUAUUCCUCUGAUGGGCAGUAUGGCAGAGUUCUGGGAUAUGGUGUCCCAGGUGUCCAUGCUGUACACGUUACUGAGCCUGUGUAUGGGCUGGACUCUGAGUCGAGGCCGGAAGCCUCAGUCAAGACCUCUGCAGUGGGAACAGUCUCCGGCUUCCACGGCCGUCGCUGUCGGUGGAGUCGUCACACAGGGUGUGCUGCUGCUGUGGGAGCAAUAUUCAGAAUCAGAGAAUGACCAUCACAGCUACCACGCCCAGCAGAGUCUGGCAGGCCUCCUCCUCAUAGCUCUGAGGGUGGGCCUGGCCCUCCUGCUGGCCUCCGUCCUCUACCAGAUCAUCUCCACUGAGAGGAGCACCCUGAAGAAAGACUUCUACCUCUGCUUCGCCAAGGGAUGCUUCUUGUGGUUCCUCUGUCAUCCUGUCCUCGUCCUCAUGUCCUUUGUGUUCAGUGAUCACCAGAAGGAAAAGGUGGUAACUAUCGGCGUGGUCCUCUGCCAGUCCAUCUCCAUGGUGAUCCUCUACCAGCUCUUCCUGUCUCGCUCUCUCUACUGGGAAGUCUCCUCUCUCUCCUCCGUGUCGCUGCCACUCACCAUGUCCAGGACUAACCACAGGGGGCGCUACUGAGCACGUCCGCUGGCUUCACCUAAUCGUCACGGGGAAAGGGGGGAAAACACAGAGGGCGUCACCUCCCUUAACAUCCCACCCUGUCAGAAAAAAGGGGAGGGAGCGACGAGAGGAGAGAAGACGAGAAGCGCUGUCACACUGCAGGAACUGUUCUCCUCUGCUGUUUCUAGGGAGAAUAAUAAUGGCUUCUAGUGAGCAAGUUACCAGAGAGUGACAAGAUAUUUACAGCAACACCCUACCUCUAGUGAUUUUCGACUGGAUCCAACAUCAACAUUAGAACGGAGCUGCCGAGCAGGAGGAGAGGUAUUUAAUGCAGGACCACCUAGAGAAGGGACACAUGGCUUUCAAAGUAGGAUGUCACAGCGAACAGCCAAAGUACCAUUUCAAAACAGACAAACAUCUAGAUUUAAAUGACGCAUCAGCUGGCAAAGUAGUAUAAGGAAACUUCUCUGCAAGGACACAAAUGCAAUCUUUUUUGCUCCUGGCUUUGAUAAUCACACAAACAGCAGAAUCACAGACUUACUUAUGAGAUGCAGGGAUGUCAUUUGGAGCACAGAUUGGAGCAGUUUGCUAGUCCAAGUUACUUAAAUCAUCCCUGUCAUUGAGCAUGAUCCUCCUCAUUAAUCCAGACUUGGAGGAAAAGUGAGAGAAAGUAGCACAACUCAGUAAGGUUUGUCAACAAAUCCCAUGAAAAGACGAAAACCAGCAAUCUCAGUACUUUCUGACUUCCUACCCGCAAAAACAGGGUCAUAAAAAAGGCUCAGUAAUUUCCCCAAACAGCUGGGCACUGUAGUCCGUAGCAAAUAAAUACUAAAAUAGGAGUGAAUGGUUUAUUUGUUGGGGACUAUUUUAUGCUGCGGAUUAAUACACAGUUGGCACUUUAAUGAGCAUUUAUGGCAGCAGGACGGCAUGUGCAGGAUUGAGUUAUAAACUACAGUGCCUAUGUUUUUAUUGGUUUUUAGCCAAUAAUGGAGGUCAUAAAUCAAACUAUCGCUGCACAGACAAUUGCUAAUUUUGGUCUUAUGGGUUUUGUUGACAAUAAGAGAUGGAUGAGGAGGUGGUUAGAUUGACAUGUUUCUUAGAUAAAAGGGGGGCACACACUUAAAUGGACUCAAGAGACGAUGGUCAGACAUGUAAAGAUGAAUAAACUGAUGGAUACAGUACGUAGCUGGAUGGAAGAGUAGAGAAAAGUGUGCUUUAUCUUUGCAGAUCCAAAGUGAUGAAUAUGAGCCAAACGAUCCGUGUGAGAUCAAGCUGUACUUUAUUUAUUUCCUCACUUUCAACAUGACUUUAUUAGCUAACAGCAUGUGAGGCCUGAACCUUUCUUGACAAUAUAAACUGUAUGUAGCUGGAGACUCACUGCAUGACUUCUCUUUUUUUCCCCUUAGUAUUGCAUCAUUAUCUGGAGCGCACUACUUGGCUUCACAUUCCAGUGUGUUCGGGAGUAAUACAUGAGCUUUAGUGUUUAAAGCCAAAGUAAGCCAAAAAAAAAGAAGCUAUGGCUAUUGAUUGCUUAAAAAUGGAUCCCAGUGUGUAGAUAUUGUGCAUUCCAAUGAUGUCCCCAAUACUUCCACUCUUACUCUGUCAAAUUAUUCAGCUCUGGAGCCUGUAGCUUCUUUUUGGUCUUUGACACAUUUCACAAGAUAGAAAUUUCUCUUAAACUGACAUCUGACACGAAGCAUUUCUGACGUAUUUAGUUGUUACAUAUUUAUUUCUCAAAGUGAAUAUUUGAAAAGCAGCUUAUUAUACUGAAGCUUAAUCAGUCACUGUACAUUUUCAUAUUUGAUUCGUCUGCCGUUACUUCUGCCGACCACCUUCUCGUUUUACCAGAGUUUUCAACCAAAACGAACAGCCUUCAUCAGCUUGUUUUUACCCCAAAAACAACGGUUACAACAAUCUCCACCCACAUAUACAACCACUUUUAAAUCACAUGAAACUUUAAGGCUCAAUCCAACAGACACCACAAAAACACAUGAAAUAUUCCAUUACCCUUUAAAAUGUAAGUAAUCUAAUAGGUUAUUGAAGGUUUCUGGCCAACAUACUGAGUCACUGGGCAAGGACUCUAACUGUUCCUGACAAUUGCAUGACAUAAAAAUAAAUACACCUCAGUUAAUGACGUUAUACUUGAAAAUGAACUUUUGUUGGUAGUGUGUGUUUUCUGUGUAUGUGCAGUGUGUACCAUAUGUACACUUUAAGUGGGUGAAAGCGAAAGCCUCAACUGUACAUUUUAUUGUGUCCACAAAGACAGGUUUAUCCUAAUUAGACAACAUAGUAUGAAGCUUUACAUGAAGUAAAUCAGUUGCAG